UCUCGUCCCCGUCCCGCUGCUGCCUCUCUCAGGUAGGGCCUCAGAGCGAAGAUGGCGACGGACAAACAGAAACAUGAAGGCAGGGUGAAAAUCGGACAUUAUAUUCUCGGAGACACACUAGGAGUGGGAACGUUUGGAAAAGUCAAAGUGGGCCAGCAUGAGUUGACCAAGCACCAGGUGGCAGUAAAGAUUCUGAACCGGCAGAAGAUCCGCAGUCUGGAUGUAGUUGGGAAGAUUCGACGUGAGAUCCAGAACCUCAAGCUCUUCCGUCACCCGCAUAUAAUCAAACUUUACCAAGUCAUCAGCACACCAACAGAUAUCUUCAUGGUAAUGGAAUAUGUGUCAGGAGGAGAACUCUUCGACUACAUCUGUAAAAAUGGAAAGUUGGACGAGAAGGAGAGCAGGCGUCUGUUCCAGCAGAUCAUCUCAGGGGUGGAUUACUGCCACAGACAUAUGGUGGUGCACAGAGACCUCAAGCCUGAGAACGUCCUGCUGGAUGCGCAGAUGAAUGCCAAGAUUGCAGACUUUGGCUUGUCAAACAUGAUGUCGGAUGGAGAAUUCUUAAGAACGAGUUGCGGUUCUCCUAAUUAUGCUGCUCCGGAAGUCAUCUCUGGAAGGUUAUACGCAGGGCCUGAGGUGGACAUCUGGUCCAGUGGUGUGAUUUUGUACGCUCUGCUGUGCGGAACGCUGCCGUUUGAUGACGACCACGUGCCAACACUGUUCAAGAAGAUCUGCGAUGGGAUCUUCUUCACGCCUCAGUACCUGAACCCCUCCGUUAUUAGCCUUCUGAAACACAUGCUCCAGGUGGACCCCAUGAAGAGAGCCACCAUUAAAGAGAUUCGGGAGGACGAGUGGUUUAAACAAGAUCUCCCCAAGUAUCUGUUCCCAGAGGACGCUGCUUAUAGCAGUAAUAUGAUUGAUGAGGAGGCACUGAAGGAAGUGUGUGAGAAGUUUGAGUGCACUGAGGAGGAGGUGCUCAACUGCUUGUACAGUCGCAAUCACCAGGAUCCUCUUGCUGUGGCCUAUCACUUGAUCAUAGACAACCGGCGCAUUAUGAGCGAGGCCAAAGAUUUCUAUUUGGCCUCCAGCCCUCCAGACAGCUUCUUAGAUGAUCUGCCUGCGCACCACUCUGCGAAAAUUCACCCCGAGAGAGUGCCGUUCCUGGUGACUGAGUCUCAGCCCCGUCCUCGACACACACUGGAUGAGCUUAACCCUCAAAAGUCCAAGCAUCUCGGUGUCCGGCGGGCCAAGUGGCACUUGGGAAUCCGUAGCCAGAGCAGACCAAAUGACAUCAUGAGUGAGGUCUGUCGUGCUAUGAAGCAGCUGGACUACGAGUGGAAGGUAGUUAAUCCUUAUUACUUGCGAGUGCGGAGGAAGAACCCAGUCACUGGCAUACAUACAAAGAUGAGCCUCCAGCUCUACCAAGUGGACAGCAGGACCUACUUACUAGACUUCAGGAGCAUAGACGAUGACAUGAUAGAAGUAAAAUCAGGGACCGCCACACCUCACCGCUCUGGCUCGGUCGGUAACUACCGGACUACCCUAAAGAACGACAGGAGCGACAAAAACGAAUGUGAGGAUGCAGCGAAGGGCGACGCGUCGGCACCCUCCACGCCUCCGAUAUCCGGAGGAAAAGCGGCGGAGGGUUCUCUGGCUUCUUCUCUUACCUCCUCAGUGGAUUCCACAGGGGCAGAGAUCCUCCCCCGACCAGGAAGUCACACCAUAGAGUUCUUCGAGAUGUGCGCCAACCUCAUCAAGCUGCUAGCACGAUAACUUGUGGUUCCUCUGAUGCCUUCUCUCUCUCACUCUCUCUCUCACUGUCUUCCCUCUCACUCUCUGGCUUGUUUUCUCUCUCUCUUCUAGAAUACUGUCUACCUCUUCGUCCUCUGAUAUCCGUGUCAUCAUCCAGAGCAGUCCUUCUAUCUCGAUUCUUCUUGUCUCUCUUUUUCUCUCUCAGUGUCUUUAGAGCAAUAAGCAUGCGGACGGACUCGAGACUCCGUGCACCCCACUCGCAUGAACGGUCUGUGGCACUGCGGUCGCCAGGAUCAGCCUGUUUAAGAGGACUGAGAAAAGGUACAAGAAGAAAAAGAAUGGAGGUUUUGUUUUUGUGCCACAGUUAAGAAAGAUUGCUAAGCCAAUUCAUAGUGUCUAUACUCUUUUAGAGAUGGUUUUACAAGUCUUUUCUGGGUUUUAUAGCAAGGGUUGCCUUGCAGAGAGUGAGGUGUAGAGGUGCAUUUAAAUGAGUUAUACACUGAGCUAGCUGUACUGUACACAAUGCUGUUGUGAUUCUUGGCGGACCAAGAGAUGUUAUAAAGAAAGAGCCCUUGUGAGGCAUGUGGGACGACAAGUAAGACAGAAAGCGCUUUUGCACAGUUUUACCUGUAAGUUUUCGUGGGCCAGUGUCACAACUGGUUAUCCCAUUGAAGCGGCCUACCGAGAAAGGCACUCGAUUAGGAGGAGCCGUCUUAAUAAGCGGGGCCACUUUAACAUGGUGGGCACUUUAACACAAAGGGACAACUUGAUAAGUCAGCCUUUCUUAAGGAAGAGACCAAUAUAAAACCCAUUUAUCCUGAGUGCAAUGUCCUUGCCUCCAUUUCACAGAUUUUCGUUUGUUUGUUUGUUUGUCACACCUUAGUCUUUUUUUCUAUUCGCUCACAUUUUACAUAAAUUUAAGUAUAUUCAGAAUUUAAACAUGCAGUUGGAUUUAUAUUUAUCAGUGCUUUAAAUGGGGUUGUAGAUUGUAUUAAAAUUGUGAUAUUGGACUGGAUUUUUUUUUUAAGAAAUGUUUGAUUAUAUCGCUGUAAGAUGUUUUAUUCCAUACACUGCUUUAUCAAAAACAUUUUUUUACUUUUAUUUUAGUUGUUUUACAAAACAAUGGUUGCUUGAAAAAGAAGUACACCUUAAAGAAAUCAAAUGUUUUUGUAUCUCCCCCCACUUUUACAAAUUAUGUUUUCCGUAAUGAGGCUCAGUAUUAAAAAACAAAUGUAAGCUGGGUUGUUCGCAUUCGUGAAAACUUGACUUAAAUAAAAAACACACGCAGCUGGGAAAACAAAAAACAAAAAAGGAUAUUGGUGCAUACUGACAGAUCUCCUGAGCGAAUCAUAGUCAUGUCUUAUUCCUGUGUUUGUAAAGCCAAGUCAUAAUUGUAAGAUCUGAAAAUAGGAAAGCGCUUCCUGCUUGCAUGUGACUUUAUGUGCCCUCGUAUGAGACCCAAGUCUACAAAAGUCCACUAAGAAAAGAACUGCAACCUGUAAACAGUGAAUGAAAUUAUUCAUGGAAUAUGGAAUCUUCUUCAGAUCAGUUCUUUCAACUGAAAACGAAAUGGGUUUUAAAUUUAAAGUUGCUUGUUCGUUUGCCUGUCCAGAGCUCCAGCUAUGUUCAAAUUGAAGCAUUCCAAAUUCAAUAGUAAAAAAGCUAAAAUGAAUAGUUUUAAAUAUUAAGUUCAUUCUAUGGUUUGUAUGGCACAGCUUAUUUACAUUUUAAAGUCUGAAUGUCUUAACGCACAUUGCUAACGCACUAAAGAAAUAACUUUAUUAGUCCUUCUAAAUGCAGCAGUAUCGUAUUCUCAAAAAGGAGAUUCAAGGCCAGUAAUUCUGAUUUGACCUUUUGGAAUUCUUGAGUGUUUCCUAUAUGUUAAGAUCCUAAGUUUCCUAAAAAGGAUGAUUAUGUUUUUGUGUUCUAAACUGCACUGUCAUUUCAGAAUCUCUGUUAAUGAGAUUUUAGAGCUAAAACUUGACAAUCUAUGCUUUGCAAGUCAGCUUAAGACAAAUCCAGAGAAAUUUAGUUUUGUUUUGACCCCUUCACCUUUUUUUUUAUUCCAAAGUUUAUUUCCCUGUGUAGUUGUCUAAUUCAAAUGUUAACUCUUCUUUAUCGCUAGGGAACAAUUUCAGCGUCUCCACAGGCUGUUUAUUCAGCCAUUGAAAAUAAGUAUAGAGAAUCUGUUGAUGUUCUUCUCUUAACUGCAUUUAUUUGAUUAUCUGUGCAGAGAUGCACCUCAUGGAGGCUUGCCAAUGUACAUUUACAGAAAAUUACUGAUAAUUUACAGUUGAAAAGAUGAUUUGUAAAUACAACUGCCUAAUAAAAUGAUACAUGAAGACUGAUUGA